AUGCCAGCGGCGGGUGUUGCAACACCUGCAACACCAGCUGCUGCCAAAUCUGCGCUACAUCUGUCAGCAGCUGGAGAGGGACGCAUCCUCCCCCAAUCGGUUAGUGCAGUCAUUCGAGAGGCCCUUGCUGCCUUUUCUGCAGCUACUGGCAAGGCAGAUGCAGGGGGGAGCAUGAGGCUCGUGUAUCGGUACGACUUGUCUGCUCCCGCCUUUCGCACGCUGUUUCGGAGCGCAGUGCCUGCAACUCCUACGGCAGCAGGAGCAGCAGCAGGAGCAGCAACAGUGUGGCAUCGGCAGCAGCAAACUUACGACUCUUUGGGGUCUCCCUUCUACGUGUUGCUGCUGCAAGCGAUAUAUGCAGCUGCGGAGGGUGGUCCUUCAGCAGCAGCUGGAUCAGACACCCUCAGCGCAAAGAGCGACAGCCUUGAAACAGCAGCUGCAGAAGUGGCUGCCAUGUGGCAGCUGCAGGUUGCAAAGGAUCUCCGGACCCUGCGAUGGUCUGCAGAAGCCUUACAGGCUGCCGGAGAAGUCUGCUGGAAAAGCCUUCCUACUCCAGGAGGCGAUGUCGUCGCUCCUCCUUCUUGCAUGCAGCAGGAAGAACUGGAGGCAGCAGCCGUGGCGUUGCUCUGCAAUGCAGCAGAGGCAGUAUCGCUUCUGGCCGCAUUACAGCUGAAGCUUUCCGUGCGGGAUGCCGUCCCUACACUGCUGCUCGUUUUAGAGCGCGUCUGUCUGUCUCGAGAGCUCUCGCAAGUCCAAGCGCAGCAUAAGCAGCAGCAAGAAGAAGUGCUGCAGGCUGCGCAGUCUGCCGCGUUUUCCGUUGCUUUGCCAAGCCUGGCAGCCUCUCCGCUGUCGGGAGCAGCAGACGCAACAGCGGCAACAGCAGCAGAAGCGGCGAUUCGGUGUCUUCAUGCUCUAGGCCGGUGCCACUUGUUUAGCGAGGAGUUGCUGCGUGUGGUAUCAGCGCAUCAUCUCGCAGCGGCAGCUCCCGACGCCUUUGCCUUGUAUCUCUUCGAAUGUGGACGUAUGGGGCUUCGCUGCAAGCGCUAUAUUGACGCAUGCAUCGAGAAGGCCACUAAGACAGCCGACGCUAUGUCUCCCCCUUCAUUGUUGCUGGCAUGCGCUGGUCUGUAUCGAUUCUGCACGGAUUGGAGGAUGUUUUACCGCAGAGCGACGCCGCGUCUUCUCAAGCUACUUGAUACGAUGGACUACUACCAGCUGCGCUUGAUGCUCCGCGUGGCGAAACACCUCAAUCCUUCCUUCAAGGAUUCCGAGCUGACGCUACUUUCGCGAGGGGCUGCUCGGCUGCUCUGCGCACAAGUGCCAUCGCUCGCUCCUCAGCAACUCUGCUGUAUCGCAAGUUUCGUGGAGCAGCGGUGCAGUGACACCCCAGAGGAAUAUUCGACGCUCACGCAGUCCUUAGUCGCAGCUCUGGAAGCCACCGCCUCCCCUGCAAGCGCACGGCCGCUCUCCUCCUCAAAUCCUCAAGAAUCUUCAGCGUCAGUGGGAAAGGGGGGCACAGACAGUCUCGAUCCGCUGGCUCUUGUGCAUCCCCUCCACGAUUUGGUGGACGUCGUGGAUUGCAUAGCCUCCUACGGUUCCCAAAGCUCCCUAGUGCCUCGCAUAGAGUCUGUGCUGGCUUCGCGGUAUACGGAGAUCGAGUAUAGCGUCAACUUCACGCUUUGGCUUGUCUGUCUAGAUGCGUUCUCGCGCGUCAGGGGAUUUUACCCGCGUCAGCUGCUGCAGCAUAUAAGUGCCAGCCUGUGCAAUCCCCUGGACGUGUGUAGUACUGGCCGUAGCGGCAGCAGCAGCAGCAAACCCUUGGAGGCACCCAGUCUGCUGGACUCUCUAAGCGUCCUCCAACGCCUCAAAUUUAUGCAAGCCCUUACUCGUCUCUCUUUCUUUCCUCUCUCAAUAGUUCAGAUGUGGUGCAUUAGCACGAAGGGGGAAGCCAGUUUGUUUCGGAGCCUUCGGGAUACCGUGACUUGCGUUUUCCCUCUCGCUCUCAUGGUGUACAUACACCCGAAGUUGUUCUCGCGCGCCUUCGGAUAUGUGGAGAGCCGCUACAACGGGCGCAGGCAGAGACCUGUGCUCCUUGCCACAGACGCGCAUUUGGAACCUUUCUACUUGUCACACCUUUGCUGGGCCUUUAUCGUGGCUGAGAUGCACAGUCGUCCCUUUUUCCUCUCGCUGCUGGAUCGCUCCUUGGAGCUUUUGCCACUACCUGAAGGGGUCCUCUGUUCGGCACACACGUCGGACUCUUUUGCGAAGGAAACCUCUGAAAGAGACUUUCAGGGUGCCUUGCCCUGUGGGCUAGGCGAUUUCGCAGCUGCGGGAGCAGAGGCGGAGAAUCCAGCUGUGCGCGCUGCUGGUGCAUCCGCUGCAGCAGAGAAGUUGGCAGGGGGCCAUGAACUGCGUCUGACUCCACUAGACCGCAUUGCCUAUCGCAAUCACUGCGAACCAGUCGCCUUGCUGCAGCAAGUUUGUCAGCUUCUCCAGCUCGAGGCUCCGCAGCUGGCGGCAGCUGCACGGCAGCAAGACGCCCUCAAGGCCUAUGCAGGGGCCGUCGUCCGUUGGAAAGCAGACAGGCGGGGAGAUAUACGACAGUUCUGCGAGGAAGUGCGGGAGACGGCAAGCAAGGCCUCGCUUGAGUGGCGCGAGGCACUGGAAGGGACGCCUCCCUCCCCCGUACCAGCCUUUGGGCAUCAAUGGCCUUUCAGUGAAGUUUCUCUAUGGGUUAAGGAGACUCCGCUGGUCCUCAUGGCAGAGGACGAAGGAUUGCGCCUCACCGCUAAAGCCGAAGGCAAACAAAGAAACUACAAUACGGGGCAUAAAUAUUUGUUACUGCGCGCAUUUAGAGCUUUGGGAAUUUCCAAGGUCGCAACCAUGGACUCUGAAGAGUGGUGCGCGGCGCAGAGUCUCGAGCAGAGAGUUGCUCUGCUUCAGAAAAAACUUUUGUCUUGA